UAUGCUUUAUAACAUGGUUGUCUCAGUUCACAUGUAGAAAGAUAUUUUAUUCAUUUGUAUACGUUUGUUGUGUGGAAAGAUAAAAUCCACAUAUAUAUGCUUUUGACGUCCAUGAAUGAAGUUUUUGAUUUUGAGAUAAGAUGAAGGUGCUAUGUUUGUGUCAACUUAAUUGAGAUGUUGAAAUGGCAUCUUGUUUUAAUUUACGUAUACAUUAUUCGUAUCGUUUUAAAAAAAAUGAAAAGGACGACACAGACCACAUAUGUGUUCUUAAAAGUUUUAUAUAUAUCCAACCAUCACCCUUUGGUUGGUUAUAAGAAAACAUGUGUUCCUAAUUGAAGCAGAGAGUUCCACUUUCACACCCCCUUUUCUCUUAGUCAUCUUAAUCAAUUAAUUCUUCCCUAAUUUCUCUCUUCCUUCCAUAAAAGUUGCAUAAAAGCAAGCAGGUACAGAUCUUUCACUUCUUUCCUUUCUUCCUUUCUUCCCUUAAUUAAUCCAAACUGUUCCUUUUACAUAUGUAUAUAGUUUUCAUAAUACUUAUUUCUUGUAUUUUUUUAGCUUUGGUUCAAAUUCAUUUUUGGUUCUUAUACUUAAAUUUCUUUUAUUUUUUUCUAUGUAUUUUAAAUUUUUCAAAACGUUUCCCCUUAUUUUCUCAAAUAGUCUUAUGAUCUUGAGGCUAUUUACUUUUUAAAACUAACUAUAUUAUGAUCCAUAUUUACAAAGUUUAAGAGAGCUAUCAUGCAUAAAGUACUCAAGAUAUUUGACAUUGUAAGUAGAGUUGUUUAUUUCCAAUACGGUAGUCUUUUGUUAAAAUUAAUAUUGUAAAAUAAAGAUGAAUUAUUUAAAAGGUCUCGUUAUUGCUAUUUAACUUUUAGUUUUUGGUUUUUGAAAACUAUGAAUUUUUCCACGAUUUUUAAGAAAGAAAUUGUAAGGUACGUUACCCUUAGUAUGUUAGCUGCACAAUUCAGCCCUCAAUUUUUUGCAAAGGUUAAAAUUGGAACGAUUGUAAAAAUUGGUAAUAAUUAUUGUCAUUUAAGAUUGAAAGGUCAAUUUAGAAUCCAAUUUCUAUAACUAGUAAACGCUCAAAUUUAAUUAACAUUUGUAAUAAUUCAAGGACAUAAAUUUUAUAAUGAAAAAUUUAAGAGUGUAAUUACAACCAUCAUUAUAUUUUAGCUAGACGUGAUUUUAGCAAUUUUCUUAUUUUUUAAAAAAUUAUUUAUUUCUUUGUUAAAUUCCAAAAGCAAAAACAUGUUUCUAUAAAUAUUUUCCUAAACUUAGCUUAUACUUUUAAAAAUGGAAACUGUAAUGAUAACAAAUAAUAACCAUGUAUAAAGUAAAAUUUUUAUAGAAAAAAUUGUCAAAUCUAGCAAAUUCUAUGCCUACAGACUUGUCUCGUCUAUUAAUAAUAGAAUACAAAAUUUAUCACUAUUAUUAUUUAAUUUGUUUUAAAAACAUAUAUAUGCAUAUCUUUGUUCCAAGGAGAAUGGAAAACGUGAACGAGUUUGAAGUGGAAAUGGGAAAGCGUAGUGAGAUUGGAGUGCAUAAAGUAGAAGCAGAGAGCGUAUCUGAUAACGAUAUGCCACAGAUUAUUGAGGCUCAACAAGAUCUCUGUGAUAAUGUUGUGAUAUCCAUCCAAAUAAUGUUGAACCAAAUGUGUCCUAUUAAUGGAGAUUGUAGCAUCUAUCGAAUUCCCAAACAACUACGCGAGAUGAAUCCUAAAGCAUACACCCCUCAACUCAUUUCCAUUGGCCCUUUUCAUCAUUAUCGAUGUCAAAAUGAUUUUAAAACCACAGAACAAUAUAAGCUUCAAGCCCUUGUUAACUUUCUGCGCCGUAUUAAUAAUAAUAAUGAGAUCAUGGAAGAAGAUCAGGACGUUGUGAAAAAAAUUGGAUCAUUGGAGGACCUCUUGAAAACUGGAACGUUGAAGGUCCUAGUAGAAAAAGUUCAUUGUCGGAUGGCAGAAGCUCAGAAUUGCUAUUCAGAACCUAUAGAUUACAUGGACCACCAUAGCUUUGUUAUAAUGAUGCUUUUGGAUGCUUGUUUCAUCAUGGAAAUUUUUAUACAACAGUAUGACGCAUCUUGUCCUCGUGAUCGUAAAUUUCCUCAUAUCCAAGACAAUGUAGAUUUUUUAUUACUAUACCCAGAAACAACCCAAGGUAUAACCAAUGACUUGAUAAAAUUGGAAAAUCAAGUUCCUUUCUUUCUUCUUCAACAUAUAUUUAACAUGAUACCACAACGUAGUCCUCCUGUGUCCUUUAUACAUCUUACAUACAGUGCUCUUUAUGAUUGGUUCAUAUCUACAUAUAAGAUUUGUUCUGUCGGCAUCGUCCCCUAUGAACCAAAGCACUUGGUCCAUUUCUUAAGCUUCUACUUCAUUCCCUCGCACACUACUGAUGAUAUGAUUCAGAACAUGCAAGAUGUGAUAAAAAAUAGUGAGAACAAGAAGAAGAACAACUAUAAUUUCUUAAGCUUCUUCAGCACACUUUUCUGUUGCCAACUUUGGCAAAACCCUGAUAAGAAAAACAAUGAUCAAGAACUUUUGUCUCCUCCAUCCAUAACUGAGCUCUGCGAGUCUGGUGUCACGAUCAAGAAAGCAAAAAAUGUGUUAUUUUCUAGACAAAAUGCUCAAUACUUGACGAACAUAAGUUUCAAAAAUGGAGUUUUGAAAAUCCCGCAUUUGCAUAUUUACGACGAAUUUGAACUUAUGUUCCGAAACUUAAUAGCAUUUGAGCAAUUCCGUGCAGGAAAUCAGAACAUGUAUGCAACCCAAUAUAUCUUAUUUAUAGAUGAUUUGAUAAGUACAGAGAAAGACGUACGUUUACUUGUAAACUCUGGAGUUAUAAUCAAUAAUAUUGGUGGCAGUGAUAAAGAAGUUUCAGAAUUGUUUAACAAUCUCGGUAAAUUUGUCAAUCACUGUCGAAAUCCUUACAUGUUUAACCAUAUCAGUAAAGCUUUGCGUAAGCACUGUAAUGGAAGGUGGAACAAGGCGAAAGCUUCACUGAAACAUAACUAUUUCAAUACGCCAUGGGCCUUUAUCUCCUUCUUUGCUGGAUCCUUCCUCCUUCUUCUCACACUUCUUCAAACCAUUUUCUCUGGGAUCUCUGCAUUUCCUAGCUAGUGUUAAGCAUGUUGAUUAGUGGUGUUUAUGUUAAAUAUCUAAUUGUUGAGCGUUUUGUUUGUUUUGUGUCCUCUUGAUUUUGGUAUUUGAUUAAUUAUGCUACUUAUAUCCUUGUAUAUAGAGCUGUUGAUUUUGAGCUAUAUCGUGAAUAAAGAAAUAUUAUUUUAGUCUCC